AUGGACAGUCCGCCGGAAACACCGGGCGGCAGUCGAUCCCUGACUGUCCCCAAGAGGAGAGGAGACCGGGGGGGCUGGGCUGUGUACCACCCAGUUGGCGGCACCGGCAACAGGUCCAGGGACGCAGGACAUGGGGAGGAUGUAUUGCAACAUGGCUUUCUGCACGAUGUCUCGGUCGAGAUAUUGCCCAGCAACAAGAGCACGGUUGUGGAGGUGCUGGAUGAUGGAGCAUGCGACAAAAGCUCAAAACCCGGCCUCAUCCUCCAUCUCGGGUCGCAGCUUCUCCUGAUGGCGCAUAUACGCUUUCUCCCUGGAUUUCGUUGCCCGCCGCGAACCCAUACGCGCCAAAACUCUGAUGACUUGAUCGAGGACCUAGAGCGCCACCUCGGCGGCGCGACGACCGAGUACCUUCAAGUCCGCGUGACUUACCGCCACUCCGGGUUUCCGCAGAGCUAUGUUCAGACAGGAGACCAGGAAGAAGGGGUUGGGAAGGGGACCGUCGGGCAGGAGCUGCAGCCGAAUCGAGGAGGGACCGAAGAGCCGGUUCGUCCAACACCACCCCCACCGACUCGACAGGCGCCCCCAGUUCCCAGACGCCAAACCAGCCUGCGGAAGGUCUCGCUCUCAUCAUUGGCUAACCAGCAUUCCCGAGACUACGACGCGACACCGGACCAUGAAUCUGACGCGGGUAGUCUUGUCGAACCGGCCGGGAGAAGCUGGGACCAUUUUCGGCAGGCUCCAGGCGCAGAUCCCAGGGCCCGGGUGACGCCCACGACAGGCGUCAGGCAAUGGAGCUCGCAGCUCCCCAAACCCCAGAGAGUUGCGUCGGGCGUCCAGGCCUCGUCGCCCUCAAGCCGAGCCUCAUCACCCUCGCCUGUUAUCACGCCGAUAACGCGCGCCAGCGCACGAAGAGACGCAAGGGCGCAAACGGAGAGACGGCGGGUGCCCAAGGGGAACUGGGCGGCGGUGGGAUACGACGCCGCAAUGGUGGCUCUCACCCCCGUUGUAGCAGGCGUGCAGACAGGAAACAACGGCCAUCUCCGAAGGUCUAAGAGCACGGGCAAGGUCGCAAGAAGGGCGGAGAAGGGCAGCGGCAGAAGCAGCAGCGACGCGCCGGAGAAGAAGGACAAGGAAAAGCCGAAGGAUAGGGGGUGGAGCUGGACAAGCUGGUGGCAGUGA